GGACCUUCUCUCACUGGUAAAUAAUGCCAGACUGGCCCACGCCGUGCGUACGCGUCCCGGACAAACUACGACUCACGAGUCAACCUAUGAAAACACAACAAACAAGAGGUAGAGGAAGAAGGAAGAAAAAAGAAAGUUCAAGCGAAGAAGAGGAGGAGGAAGACUUUAUCCGUAAUAAGUUACACCCUGCUCACAGGGACAACAAAGAAAACAGUGUGAGGAGAUCACGAAGAUCAGCAGGUACUACUGCUCGUAAACUUCAACAGAAAGUAAUUAGUGAUGAAGAUACAGAUGAAAGCUACAAAGGAUCCAGCAGCAGUGACUCUGAUGAAAAGAAAAUGCCCAAGAAAACUGUCCGAAUUGUUAAAUCCAAACCUUUAAAUGAAAAUUCUUUUUGCCCAACAAGAUCAGGUAGGCGAAAAUAAUAAAUAUUUGACAAUAUUGUGUUUAUUACUUCUAGUAUGUAGGACUGUCAUUAAAAAAUGACAAAAAACAAUCAUCAUGUGUUAUGUCAAAGUAUUGACUUUGUAUGUAUGUUAAGUACACUGUAUUAUGAGAAGAACCAGCAUGGGAGCAAACAGUGAAUAAAAUCUGAUGUAUUUUGACCUCCAACUGAGGUCCUUAUCAGCUAAUGAAAGAGUAAGCAAACAAAGUUAUAAAGGAGCAGAAAUGUGAACAUGUCAUCACUGGCAAGUUGAGACAAAUGAUUGAGUCUUAAAUUACCUGCAUGCUUUGACCAUAAUGCCUGAAGUAAGACUAGCUUCAUAGCAUUAAUGAUAUUACUUCUACAUCAACUCUUAUUUUUGCCUCUCUCUAACUACAAGAAACCUUCCAAUUUUCAGAAGAUAGCACACUGUAAUAAUGUGCACCUCAUUGUUGAGUGGAUAUAUUGUAUAGUAUUUGUAAAUGAUAUAUAAUAAUAAUAAUCUAGAAUAAGAUUUAACUCUUAAACUGUCCAAACAUAGAUCUACGUUACUACCGCUAGCACUCCAGACGUUGGUCAUUUUAUUUUUCCUGCCUCCAGAUUUGUCAUGAUUGGUCUGAGAUGCCUGGUCAGUGUAGAAUGGGUCUUAACACUCUGUGUGCACAGUAUUAAAAUUUGGGACCACUUAGUACCUUAUGGGAGCACCAGUUCAAUUGAGCACCAGCUAGAGCAAAUAGCGUGGCAAACACCAGGGAUUUACUGAUGUCAUGUCGUAUUAACUCCCCCCUUUAAGAGGAAAGUGAUGUUGACCCAGAGUUUAGUGGGUUUGAGAUGGAUGUGGCCACAAGUAGUUGAGGAAAUAUCAAAAACCUCGAUAAUAACCCAUACACAACAUUUGUGCAACAUCCUUUCAUUUUUGAUACCACUAGUAGUGUCAUCCAGCCAGAAUGUCCUAUAACCUAUGCCGUAAGUAAAGGAAAAUGAUUCUGCAAUAUGUGUAAUACGUAUUCGGCUGGCUGGCUGGCCAACCGACUGGGUGGCUGGCUGGCUGGCCAACCGACUGGGUGGCUGGCUGGCCAGCUGUCUGGCUGACUGACUGGCUGUCUCUCUCUCUCUCUGUUUGUCUCUCACUCACAGGUACACAUAAAUAUAGUUAUCAUACAUAGUGUAAAUUACCUAGGAUAUCCCAAAACAUCCAGACAAAGUGCUGUACUGUGCUUGUAUAUAUAAGGCAUAAUAAGCAUGACUGGCAAGUAAUACACAUUUUCUCUUAUUAGGAAUCAGGCAUGACGACUCUGCAUUAUGUGUAAUGCCUGUUAGUUCAUGAGCCACUCUCUGAGACAGAGAGAAGCAGACAGAAAGACAGACACACAGGCAGACAGAAAGACAAGCACACAGACACACACACACACACAGACAGACACACACACACACACAGACACACACACACACACAGACACACACACACACACAGACACACACACACACACACACACACACACACACACACACACACAGACACACACACACAGACACACACACACAGA